CAACCGCAUGGCAUGUUUUGUAAAUUCUAUAGUGUUACGUAGACAUGCAUGUGACUAUGCGCAUUUAUCACCGCUAGUCUACCCUCCUGAAGUGGAACUUUAUAAUUGCGUUGAAACCGCUCUCCCUGUGACUCGAUGCCAUCUUACCAUCUAAGCAACGUAUGUUAACUUGUUAGUAUAAACAGCAAGUGUAUCAUUUAAUCAUGAAGUCGGUUGCCUGGCUUUUGCCUUUCGUGGCACUGGUGGCUGUACCGACUGUGUUAUCAGAUGCACCAACGAAUGUCAGCUUGCCAGACCUAGCUAACUCUUUUUGGACGCCAAAUGGCCUUAAACUGCCAUCGAAGGCUUUGGUGGAGGCUGUCACGCGCUCAAAAUUGCCUGUACUGGAUGCCUUCGGUCACCGGCGGGAGAUUGUGCUGAUGUCCAUCGCCAGCGAGUUUGCGUUCCAACGCAUGUUUGACGUUUUUUUGAUGUCCCUUCAGAACAUCACCUUCAAGGCACAUGAUGGGUCCGAGGACAACCUAGCUCGCCACCUCGUGAUCAACGUCAUGACAACCACAAGUACAGAAAAAUGUACGGCGGUUGCCGACAAGUACGGAUCCAGUUGUGUGCCGUACGGCAAUAGCGCCUUCACCCUGGGCAACUUCCACGUGCAUUCCAACGACUUUUACGGCAUUGGCUUUACUAAGACCGCCACCAUCCUGGAUGGUCUGACGCUGGGGGUGGAUGUGCUGUUCCUGGAUGCAGACCAGGUCAUGUUCCGCAACCCGCUGCCCUACCUGCUGGCCCGCGAGGCGGACGUGCUGGUCAGCGGCGACUGCCACAACCACGGCGACUCGGCGCCCAUGGAGCGCCUGCCGCCCAUCAACAACAACAUCGGGUUCGUGUACUUCAGGCCAACUGCAAUGGUUGCUCGCGCCAUCUACAAUUGGGCCCUAUGGCUCGCAAACAUCGCUCGACGCGGCGACAAGCCCUGGGACCAGACCACCUUUGCCGGAGCGAUUGAGACGGUUUCCGGAGAUGUUACUGUACGGCAUAUGAGCAUGGCGAUGUUGCAUUCGGAUCUCUUCCCGUACUUGUGCAUGGGCCCAUGUGGUUGCGAUCUGCGUGGAGUGCCGUACUUCCACAACGGCAAACUUCCUCGCCGUACGGCAGACAACAUAUGCGAGCCGGAGCUGAUGCGUGAGUGGUACAACUACCACAUGCCUUGCGCGGGCGACAUGAACACCAAGGCGCAGCUCAUGGAGGAGUACGCCGCCAUGUACCAAAAGGUGAUUGGCCCCAUCAACAGUCUGUCCGCACCCAUGACAGUGCUGCCGCCCCUGGCAGCGUGAGGCACGGGUGGUGUGUGUGUAGUGUGCGGGGCUGGCAGUUAGUUGAGAGGCGCGUCGUGACCUGCGGGGGCUCUGGGGCUACGGGGGCUACCUAUGUAGCCUCAGUGCUGCCGCGGUGCGCCUGCUAACCGAAGCGCCGCCUGCUGGGAGUCGAGGAGACACAGCAAUGCAUACGAGGUACAUUGCAUACGGGGUUAGGAUGGGGGUUAAGCGUGGCGUGUCAUACGGCUGCGCGUUAGGCCAGGCGUUUGAUGCAUUGCAGUGAUCUGAGAGCAACAAUGUGCGGGCGUGGUGGUGGUGGUGUGAGCAUUUGGUCCUUACAUGUGAACACCAACUACACACGCCGUUUUAAGGAAGUGAGGAGAGCAGGGAACAUACCGAGCACACAUGCGGUCUUGUUGGCCUCUUGUCUUUAGUCCGUUUGCCGGUGCUGACAGGUUUCCUCUUGCAGCGCGUUGUUCGGGAGUUGGUAGGAGAGGAAGGAGCUUCCUCCCUCUCAUGUGGGUGUGGGGCAACAGCCCCCGGGGCCUUGGUGGCGUUUGCUGAGGUUGCUAGCGGGAAGCAUUGGUGAUCCACACACAAGCGUUUUGGGUGGUAAACUGGACUUCGAUUUCGGGUUCGGGGGUGCUGCUCGGCGUCGUCACCGUUGCGGGACCGAGAGCAGCAGCAGCAGUGGGAGCAAUGCCGGUGUCGCCGUUGCUGCCCUCGGGAUUAGAGGCGUCUGCUGCGCAAACACCGGUGUUGGUGUUGUUGCUGCUGCUGGUAAAGGGAUAAAACUGGCCGUGUCAAUGCUGCACGCAGCCGGGAGGGGCAUCGACAUGCGUUUCUGUACGUGGCUUUCUGCUCUUCUUUGACAGAAAGCAAUUAGCGAAGUGGGCGCAGCUGCAGUGCGCAAAUCGGGCCUUCCGAGCAGCAGUCAUCACACAUACAUUUCGUUACGGGAGAGUCACGCGGGCGCAGCGACCCGCGGGUCACAUGUCUCA